GAGGACUUUGGUCCAGUUUUAGGCUCCUCCCUCCCUCUGUUUCAACUUUGUGGUGGAGCCUCUAACUUCACACCUGCUUAAGGAGAGUUGUGCCUGCUUAGGCUGCUGCAGGGACAGACAGGAGAGCGAGAGAAACGAAGAACUACUCGGCGGCUCACAGCUGAACAGAGGCACAUGACUCCUCUCUACGAGGGAUAAACAUUGCAACAUUCAUCCGUGAGAGAAAAAGGGAAGAGACUCAAAAGCUCCCUUAACUCUGGAAUUACUGAAACUGUAGGACAGCUACACUUACAGAAACAUCAGCGCGAGUUUGGAUACUACUACAGGUAAAUGCUCCCUGCCUGUAGCACAAGGCUUGUCGAACAAACUGAACUUGGAUUUUAAUGCAUCAGACUGAGGAUAACUUUUGGAUUUCUUUUAAAUGUUUGAAGCUUUUCAUGCAGAUCUAAACAUGUUAAAUAGCACUCAACAAAUGGGCCUUACGGGCGUCAACCAAAAUCACAUGAAUUGCAACAAAAGUGAUGACUUCAAGUACCCUCUGUAUAGCUCUGUUUUCAGUGUGGUCUUUGUAAUAGGACUGAUCUUCAACACGGUGGCUGUGUACAUUUUUGCCUGUACACUGAAGCUGCGGAAUGAGACCACGACAUACAUGAUGAACCUUGUUGUUUCAGACUCUCUCUUUGUCCUCAGCCUGCCGUUUCGGAUUGCAUACUUUGUUAAAGGUGAAUGGCUGUUCGGAAGUGUGCUCUGCAAGAUAUCUGUUGCCCUCUUCUACACCAACAUGUAUAGCAGCAUCCUCUUCCUCACCUGCAUCAGUGUUGACCGUUUCUUGGCCAUAGUGCACCCAUUUAGGUCCCAGAUUAUUCGUACAAAGAGGAAUGCCAAACUGGCCUGCUGUACAGUGUGGGUGUUGGUUCUUUCUGGAGGCAUAACCACUGGGUUCCUUUUGGAUACCACUUCACCCAUAAAUGCCAACUCCUCUGCACACUACUGCUUUGAAAACUACUCCAAAAAGCAGUGGAAGGCUGAGCUGUCGAAGGUGGUGGUGUUUAUCGAGACUGUUGGCUUCAUCAUUCCUCUGCUGCUCAAUGUCUUCUGCUCGGCCAUGGUGCUACGGACUUUAGGGAAACCCCAAGCCAUCAGCCGUGGAGGUAACCUCAACAAAACCAAAAUCCUGAGGAUGAUUAUUGUGCAUCUGCUCCUCUUCUGCUUUUGUUUCAUUCCCUACAAUAUCAAUCUCAUAUUCUAUGCCCUGGUCCGCUCCAAUAUAUUAAAGGGGUGUGAUGCAGAAGAUGUGGUUAGAACCAUCUACCCAAUCGCUUUGUGCAUAGCAGUGACCAACUGCUGUUUUGAUCCAGUUAUUUACUACUUUACCUCAGAGGCCAUCCAGAGCUCCAUCAGACGCAAGUCCACAGUGUGGUACAACGGUGCCAGGCUAUUCGACAGGCUGCAAAUAGACAGCUCGCAGAGCAGUCCAAGCGCUACACCCAAAAGCCUGAACCUGAGGUCCCAGAGACCCAAAAUGUUUGACAAUGAGUCGACUGUCUGAACAUCUACUAAGUAAUGUUUUGAAUAAUUCAGUGAGUAUUGCUGGUAAUACUUGAUUUGUAUUGGAGGACGCAGGUGGAAGCAGAGUGGCCUUGGAGAUCAUAACAACACGCAAACACAAUGGUUACUAAGGAGUCACACUCUCGUCUACUGGGCGCCACAAAGACUUUAGACUGGGACUUAAGAGGCUGAUCCCUCCAAUCAAUAAAGAAGGGAAAAGUUUUCGACAAGACAUUUUUAAACUGUGUUUUGCAGCAUAGGUACCCUUAAAAAAGGACGGCAAUUUACAUCUUGGAUGUAAAAGGAGUAUUAAUUCUAUAAAGAUACGAGAUAGUAAUGUCAAAGUGAAAAUAAUGAUGGUGUUUAUUCCAUAGUCAUGAACAUGGUGCUGCAGAUAAGUAUGAGCUGAUGUUGUAUAUGUAGACGCACUUUAUAGAGCGGUGUGCUCUAUAACAGCUUUUAUUUGUUUUACUGAAAGCUAAUAAAAAUGAUUUUCUACUUGUUUGAUAAA